GUUAUCGCGAGGACACAGCUUCCUUCUUAGUGGCGGGCGUCCGGAACUGGAAGGGGAGCGGAUGAGGGGGAGGACAGAAGAUGUUACCACCACGUAAGGGGCGGGGCGAGUCUGUUCGCUGUUUUCUCUUGGAUCUUACCUUUUAUUGGUCCCUCCCUCCUUUUCCUUCCUUCUCCCACCAGCCCGAACAUUUUGUCUUAACAUCCUGUGGCGGCGGAGACUGAUUUUGACUUCCCGCGGCGCGCGUUGAUCAAGAUGGCGGCGACCUCUAGCUGCUUCGGGAGAGUUUUCCUUCAGUACCAGAGGCAGUGUCUCUCUAGGAUGACUUCUAAUACCUCCAUUGCAUCUUGUAGUGUAAAUGUUCAGGCAGCUAAAAGACACUAUGUUGCUGAAAAACCUGCAAAAAAGUGGAGAAAAGGCUCCAAAUUGCAAACUAAAGAUGAAAAAACAAAUGAUGUAGAAAAACUAAAGACAUAUUGUUAUAUGGAGGGUGAGCCCGAGGAUGAUGUCUACUUGAAACGCCUGUUCCCAAGGCAGAUUUAUGAAGUGGAGAAAGCAGUUAAUAUACUAAAAAGAUUUCAAAUUCUGGACUAUUCUAACCCAAAGCAAGCCAUCUAUCUUGACUUGACAUUGGAUAUGACAUUGGAGAAGAAGAAGAAAAAAUUGGAACCAUUUGCCAGUGUCCUUAAUUUCCCAUACCCAUUUACUUCAAAAAUUAAUAAUGUUAUGGUGUUUACAGAGAAAGCAUCAGAAAUUAAAAUAGCAGAAGAAAAUGGAGCUGCAUUUGCAGGAGGAUCUAUUCUAAUUCAGAAGAUUUUGGAUGAUGAAAUCCAGGCAGACUUUUAUGUGAGUGUUCCAGAAAUGAUGCCAGCACUUCAGCCAUUAAGAAGGAAACUUAAAAAAAGAUUUCCCAGGCUUUCCCAAAAUUCUAUCAAUCAUGACAUUGUAAAAAUGCUUGAAUUCUUUAAAACUGCACAUGAGAUUGCAGUAGAUGAAGAAAGAGGAAACUUUCUCACAACUCAAAUAGCACUGCUGGAUAUGCCAACUGACCAGAUAGCUGCUAAUCUGCAAGUAGUUCUCACUGAAGUCUGUCGGCAAAAACCACAGAGUAGUGGACCUUUUGUGGUACGUGCAUUUGUUCGUAGUGCAACAAGUGAAGGAUUAUUACUAAAAACUGAGCAUUUAUUGCCUCAAGAAAAAGUAAAAGCAGAAGAAAAUAUUAAAGAAAUCAUCUAAAAUUUUCAUCUCAUGAAAUGACUUACUGGAUUUGAUAACCUACUGGUGACAAAUUAUCAUGUCUUCAGAAUAAAGACAUGACUUACUUUUCAUCCUUGAAAAUGAAUUUUGUGACCUCAUCAGAAUAAAGUAUUUAAAUAACUAACCUUAAAAAAGAAAAUGAAUGAGCCAUCAAAGAACUCACGACUUAGAUAUGCUUGUGAAUUAAUACAAUUUUAUACAGAUUUAGGAAAAGAGAGUACCUUACCAACUUCUUUCCAUGAGUAGGUCCCAAUACCUGAAUCAGUGGAGGAGAAAGAAAACUGCAAGCCAGUAUCUGCAAUGAAUUUCAGUACAAAUAUGUUGAAUUAAGUAUUAGAAAAAUGCCAUAGCUACAUAUUAAGAAUAAGUUGGAUUUAUACCUGGAAUAUAAGGGCAGAUUAAAUAUUUGAAAACUAGACCACUUUAAUUAAAAACACAACAAAAAUCAUGACUUUAUUAAUGAACACAGAUAAGAUCCAACAAAAUAGAAGACUUCUUUAUGUUGAGAACAUUUAGAAAACAUAGUGCAUAAAUGGAAUUUUUCUUAAUAUAAUAUCUAAGCCAAAUAGCAAAUGUUAUCCACAAAUCACUCUGAAGCCCUUCUAAUAAAAUCAGAUGUAAAGAAAAGGUA